AUGGCGGCCACGAAUGUCGCGACAAGCGAACAUACACUCAACACUUCCAGCGCCAACGUUAUGAACGGUGCUAGCGACUUCUCCUACGGCUUCUCACAUACGAACGGCACGAAUGGUACCAAUGCGAAACCUCUCCCGGUCGUAAUUGCAGGAGGCGGUUGCGUCGGCCUCUUCCUAGCCUUCCUUCUCGCACAGUCGGAUAUCCCCAACAAAGUGAUUGUCAUCGAAUCGCAGCAGCCCGACCCUACAUCAACCCGGGCAAUGGCACAUCAACCGCCCACGUAUCCCAUCUUAUCGAAAGUCCAAGGUUUAUUACCUGAGCUGGUGAAGACGGGAAGUUUGAGCUCAGGUCUGUGCUUCCGAACGAGUAUCCAAACUGGUAGCAAAGUAAUUGCGGGCAAGACCUUCGACAACUCAGGUGAGGGAAUGAAAGGAAAGGGCCAGCUCCUACUGCCGCAAGGAAAGUUCCAGCAAGUGCUGAUGAAGCGCUUGGCUGCUUUGGAUGGAAAAGCAGAAGUGAGGAUCGGAACCAGUGUCUCGUCGUUCAAACCAACAGCAAGCAGUGUUAGCAUCCAGAUCACACCUGAAGCUUCUUCGAUGCAAUUAGGCGACGAAUCCAUUGACGCAGCCUACCUCAUCGAUGCAUCAGGUGCCCACUCCAUCAUCCGCAAAGAUCUCGAUAUCAGUCUAGAAGGCGAAACACUCGACGCUCAACUAGUAGCCACAGAUCUUUACUUCGACUUCCACGCCCAUGGCUUCUACGACGCAAACUUCAUCAUGGAUCCCGAAAACUACGGACUAAUUGGCCGUAUCAACCAUGCCACAGACAGUCACCCAGCAUUGUGGCGCGUAAGUUAUGGUGUACCGAUUGGUGUAUCUGAAGAAGAGAUCAUGAGGACGUUGCAUGAGAAACUACGUGUCAUGAUGCCGAAUGAAGGUCGGAGCGAGAACGGUGAAAUAGGUUACGAAGUCGUCCGUGUAGCCCCAUACAAAGCCCAACAACGUCUCGUACCGUCACUAUACCAUCACGACGCCCGUAUCUGUCUCGUAGGCGAUGCAGCGCAUUUGACAAACCCAUACGCAGGACUCGGUCUCGCAUCCGGUAUGGCAGACGCGUCUUCGCUUUCCGAAGUCCUAGUUCGUGUUCUCACCAGCCAAGCGACGGACGGCGAGAAGUUGUUAAACGCCUGGUCGGAAGCAAGAAGAAAGAAGUUUCUGGAUGUUGUUGACAAGCCUUCGAGGAUGGCGUAUAAGCGAGUCAAAGCCGAUGUUAGUACUGAAGAGAAGAUACAGGAGUUGAUGAGCAAAGAUCCGCUUGUUGGUGCGUUGAAGAAGGGUAUGCCUGUUCAGCCGCCGAGUUUGGAGACGAAGGGAGAGGAUUUGGAGGGGUGGUGA